CUUCCGAUUGACUGCCUGUGUGGCUGUCGUUACCAUGGCAACCGAAACUUACCAAAAGGAGCAACUUAAAACUAACAGUAAGAAAGCCGAGGAGAAAGAAAACAUAGAAAAUGGCUUAGAUAGUGACAAUAAGGCCGGAAGUGAUGACGGCGUUUCUGCCAAAAGGAAGCCUCACACUCCUCCAAAACUGGUGAAAGAGGGAUCUAGCCCGGAGUUCAUAUCUUUGCUGAAUGAUUCAACCAAUCAGAGAAGACCCUUGUCAUCCAGACGAAACCGCUUUAAACCUGGUGCUAAUCAGAACAAACAACCUGUGGUGAUUGACUUGACUGUGGUGGACUUUGCCCUGAGGAUGUGUGAACAGUUUUUGAAGGAGAGUGAAUUGGAGGAUAUGGACGAAAAGGACGCCAAGUAUGGAGCAGACAGGUACCUAGGGGCGACUGAGAGCGAAUGGCAUGACUUCACACUCAACUACUACAAACUAGCCCAUGAGGCUGCUCAGUUGGCCGACAAUGGCAAGGGCUUCUCUACUGCAUGUGAGCAGAUGCUGGGAAGAGUGAGGAGGGUGCGGGUGAUGACAGACGUGGAUGGGGUGAAGAAUGUGUGGAUAUGCAAACCAGGCGCACUCUCCCGGGGAAGAGGUAUCACCUGUCAAUCGUAUCUGCCUAACAUACUAGCCAUGGUGUCCCACUCUCCCAACCCAGUGGAGAAGGAGGGCAAAAUAGUGGUGCAGAAGUACCUGGAGAAGUGUCAACUCAUCUACGACACCAAGUUCGACAUCCGACAGUGGUUCCUCGUCACAGAAUGGAACCCCCUGACAGUCUGGUUCUACAAGGAGUGCUAUAUAAGACUGUGCUCACAGCUUUACUCUUUAGACAAUUUAGACAGUGGUGCUCAUCUAUCGAACAACUCCAUCCAAGCUUACUUCAAAAACGACAAGAACAGAUCUGAAAAGCUGCCAGAGGAAAACAUGAUGUCGUCGGGACAGUAUGCCAAGUACCUGAGCGAGCAAGGACAUGGUGAUGUCUACUAUGAGAAGAUGUACCCCCGGAUGAAGGAUAUCAUCUCAUGGACUAUGCAAUGCUGUCAAGAGAGCAUGGACACAAACAAGGGCUGCUACGAGCUGUAUGGGGCUGACUUUGUGGUGGGUGCUGAUCUGAGUGUGUGGCUGAUAGAGAUCAACUCCAGUCCCGCCCUCUCACCUUCUACUGAGAUCACGAGGAGGAUGUGCGCCCAGGUGCUGGAGGACACAGUCAAAGUGGUGAUUGACAAAAGGGAGAACAAAUUGGCAGAUACAGGGAGAUUCGAGCUGGCCAUUAAGCAGGAUUUCAUUCCUCAACCUGUGUACUGUGGCCAAAACCUACUCAUAGAGGGAGCUCAAGUCAAAAAGCCUGGAACUGCAAAUCAUAUCCCAAUACAAAGAUCAACAACAGAAGGAAGCAAUAUGAGCCACAAGGUUCACGAAAUGAACCCCAAACUUAAACCCAAAGUCAAGCUGAAGUCUAACCCUCCUCGCCAAGUUUUCACUUCGGUAAACAUAGCCGAGCUUCACUCGUUCCGGUGUCCUCCCUCGCCGAAUAACGAUCCACUUUUCAACGAGAGUCUAGUUUACGACAGGCCAGGUAAGAAACUAACGACUAAAGCACACCAAAUCUGUAGACAAUUGGAUCUGAAAACAAACUUUGAUACUUCGGCAAACUUUUCAACUAUAAGUAAAAGCAAAGACAACGAACGAAGUAAACUCAACCCGAAUGGACGAUCAGUAAACGAGCGACAAGCAGACUUACGACACCUUGCGAGCUACAAUUUCGACAAUCCUAAUUUGAGACCUCAGUCGCGAGUAAAAGAUACGAGUUUGGAACUUGAACGAAAACUGCUCAGAAGUCAGGGCCUAAAUUUAGACAGUAUGCAUGGUCAAUCUACGUCGAGAACUGUCAAAAGUUUUAAUUUAAUUACUGAUAGAAGUACUUCGGUGCCGAGACGAAAAGCUCAAAAAAGUCAACAAAGUGGUUCCUCUGAUACUGAUGAGCCGAAAGUUCCGUACGGGAAGAUCAUAACACAACGCCAGAAAGAAGCUGUUCAUAAGAUAUACGGAUCCAAGAUGACAAAAAACCAAACCGAAUAUACUCAAAGUAUAGACUAUUUAAAAACUCCUAAAUUACAAGCAAGUGCAAAGCAAUCUUUUUAUUAUUUGAAUCAGAACAACCAAACAGGCUGCUACGAGCUGUAUGGGGCUGACUUUGUGGUGGGUGCUGAUCUGAGUGUGUGGCUGAUAGAGAUCAACUCCAGUCCCGCCCUCUCACCUUCUACUGAGAUCACGAGGAGGAUGUGCGCCCAGGUGCUGGAGGACACAGUCAAAGUGGUGAUUGACAAAAGGGAGAACAAAUUGGCAGAUACAGGGAGAUUCGAGCUGGCCAUUAAGCAGGAUUUCAUUCCUCAACCUGUGUACUGUGGCCAAAACCUACUCAUAGAGGGAGCUCAAGUCAAAAAGCCUGGAACUGCAAAUCAUAUCCCAAUACAAAGAUCAACAACAGAAGGAAGCAAUAUGAGCCACAAGGUUCACGAAAUGAACCCCAAACUUAAACCCAAAGUCAAGCUGAAGUCUAACCCUCCUCGCCAAGUUUUCACUUCGGUAAACAUAGCCGAGCUUCACUCGUUCCGGUGUCCUCCCUCGCCGAAUAACGAUCCACUUUUCAACGAGAGUCUAGUUUACGACAGGCCAGGUAAGAAACUAACGACUAAAGCACACCAAAUCUGUAGACAAUUGGAUCUGAAAACAAACUUUGAUACUUCGGCAAACUUUUCAACUAUAAGUAAAAGCAAAGACAACGAACGAAGUAAACUCAACCCGAAUGGACGAUCAGUAAACGAGCGACAAGCAGACUUACGACACCUUGCGAGCUACAAUUUCGACAAUCCUAAUUUGAGACCUCAGUCGCGAGUAAAAGAUACGAGUUUGGAACUUGAACGAAAACUGCUCAGAAGUCAGGGCCUAAAUUUAGACAGUAUGCAUGGUCAAUCUACGUCGAGAACUGUCAAAAGUUUUAAUUUAAUUACUGAUAGAAGUACUUCGGUGCCGAGACGAAAAGCUCAAAAAAGUCAACAAAGUGGUUCCUCUGAUACUGAUGAGCCGAAAGUUCCGUACGGGAAGAUCAUAACACAACGCCAGAAAGAAGCUGUUCAUAAGAUAUACGGAUCCAAGAUGACAAAAAACCAAACCGAAUAUACUCAAAGUAUAGACUAUUUAAAAACUCCUAAAUUACAAGCAAGUGCAAAGCAAUCUUUUUAUUAUUUGAAUCAGAACAACCAAACAGUAUUCUCUAAUUAG